AUGGGUCGGGAAUACACUGUUUGCAAGGGCUGCGGAAAUUGGAUCUACACAGAUCUAAUCACGCAGGUCUACAAGGCCUUGGAAGGGGUAUGGGAACAAAUUCCCGAAGCUGCCCGUGUUGAACUCUCCAAGGCCGGUUUCAGGGCUCCGGUGGAGGACAAGUCGUCCGAUGAGGUGGCCCUUCUGGACCUAUUGCAGGCCCAUAUUGGGGAUCUGCCAGCGGACGUCCAGACAGCGCUGCACAACAGGAACAAGGUUCCUGAUGUUCCGCCAGAAGAGGCCGCCAUAACAGCCACGAACGAGCUAAAAGGGGCAUCCACCAAGUUGCGGUCCCUAGGCCACCGCAAAAUUCGUCUCCAAGCCAAGAUUGACGAAUCGAAAGCCGCCCUCAAGGCGUUGUAUGUUGAAAUGCAAAACUUGAUGCAAGAGCUGAAGGCGGCUGAGGAAAAUAUGGAAACCCUUGCCAAGACCUUCCGGGACAAGGUACUCCAAGCGCCCGUUCAAGAAGAAGAUGAGGACUUUAAUCUGUCCGAGGUGCUUGGAAGCAUUGGCCUUUCCCUUGAUGAAGCCCAACUCCAAAAGGUGCGGGAUGCCCAGGCCCAGCACAAGCUCCAGCGAAGGCAGAAGGCUGCGGAGCAGUUGCUGGCCCAUGCCGGUUUCCCGCCUGGACUUGGGGGGAAUCCUCCAGGUAUAGGGGGUCAGGCCAUUGCAGCCCAGUUGGAGGCUAUUGGGGUGACCCUGACCCCAGACCAAAAGAACAUGGUAAUCACUGGGCAGUGGCCCGGCCCCUCACAGACAAUCGAUCUCAAGGCGGCAAUUGAGCAAGGAUGCCCCAACAUGGAAAUCGAAGACCUUGAGCUAAGAAGAGAAGAACUUGAAGGGCAGCUGGAGCGCAAACGACGCAAGCUGGCUACCCAAAGCGCCUCCCCACCCACCUCCGUCAAAGAAGGGGGCAAGGAAAAAGGGGAGCGCAGCCGCUCGCCCAAAACCAGGAGUUAG